CGGUUCGAGGAAGGCCAGGCCAACUCGCACAUUGCCACCGACUCCAAGGACCAGAGAUCGAUCGCGAACCGCUUGGCGGCAGCCGAGAGCUCCACAGAGCCCCGGGAUAGCAAGGAGACGGCCAUGCUGAAAGAGGACCCCACCGUGCCUGCCAGAGCGCACGGCAACGAGCCGUCGAGGGGCGCCAAGAUCGACGCCCAGAUCCAGGCCGACGAGGAGGAGGAGCUGGAGCGGAAGCGGAAG